CUAUAAAAAUGGAUGAUUACGAUGAUGGAGUUAUUGAAGUGCAAGUUAUCCCUCAAGAUGAUAACUGGGGAGAAACCGCCACUAUUACAGAAACGGCAACUUCAGUGUAUUCUGAUCUUGAUCAAGACCUUGAUGUUUUUGGAGAUGAAACUGAAAAACAAAGUUACACUUGCCCUAGUUCAAAGCAAGCUAUUGGCAUUAUAUUAUCUUGCAUUCUAGCAUUAUUUGCUGUUUUGUCACCAGUAGCUUUCAUUGUAUUGCCUCACUUGAUGAAAAAAAUAGAUAAUGCUACUUCUACAAUUGCCUGUGAAGGAAUGUACAUUGGUAUUAGCGUUAAGGAAAUCGUAUUGUUGGUUGGUUUAUGGGCACUGUAUGUGCGACCAACAAAGGCAUUUUUACCACGGCUCAAUAUUUUUAAAGUCGGAAUGAUGGUUUUAGUAUACAUUGUAAUCAUCUGUUUUUGGUUAUUUUUUGCAAUAAAAGUUAUUGGCGGAAAGAGGUCCAGACGUCCAGAUGAUAUAGCAAGUUUUGCAAUAUCAUUUAUGGAUUGUAUGUUGGUUUUGCAUUACUUGGCUUUAUUGCUAAUGUGGAUACGACGUGAAGAAAAGGUGUUUACCAUUUCAGUUAUCCGAAAUGUUGAUGGCAUGAGAAAAUAUUAUAACAUUGGACAGUGUUCAAUACAAAAAGCUGCUUUGUUUGUCUUAGAGCAAUAUUACAUUGAUUUCACAGAAUAUAACCCAUACAUGCCUCGCCCUACAUCUCGUACAAAAAUUAGUAACAAAUUAGCAGGGUUGAAGAUAUAUGAUUUGGAUGGAAAAGGUGAUACUGGUAACAGCCUCUCACAGCAGGCUUCAAAGGCAAUGAUAGCAGCUGCUGCAGCUGGUCGUAGGAGGGAAGGCCGAAAUGAUCGUUUUUAUGAAGAAAUGGAAUUAGACAAAAGAAUAAGGAAACGCAGGGCUAGGCUGGUAGCAUCUGCUGAAGAAGCAUUUGGUCACAUAGCAAGAUUAAACGCCUUUGAGAUGAAUAAAAAAGCCAAUGGUUCAAUGGAUCCAGAAGAGGCAGCACAAGCUAUAUUUCCAACGUUAGCAAGACCUUUGCAGAAGUACUUGCGAACCACAAAGCAGCAACUCCAUUAUCCUUUGGAAUCUAUUUUAAAACAUUUAGCACAUUGUAUCAGCUAUGAUCUAUCUUCAAAGGCGUUUAUAGAACGUUAUACUUGUGACCAACCAUGUAUUUCUUAUGUUGGUUCUGAUCAAAAUCAGGAAUGGACAUUGGUGUGUGACAUAGCACCAUCACGACAAACAAGCGAAGGUACUGUCUUUCAACUUAAGUGUGAAGACAUCUCGCUUGUAAUCGCUGUGUCAAGAAUGCCAAUAUUUCAAAUGAGUGAAGAUGCAUAUAACUCUGACUUUAAUAAGUUUAUAUUACGUCUGAAUUCUGAAACAUCAGUAUAAUGAAUGUCUUCACAUUGAUAUCAAUUCAGAUUGUACACCAAAGAUUAAGAAAGAACUAGAUCAGCCAGAGAUCAGAAAAUUCCACCUAUAAUUAUUCUUGAGACUCAACUAACACAGAACUGCAGUGCAGUGCAACAGCAAAA